AAAGAAUUUGUGUGUAAGUAGUUGGAAAAAACUCCAAGUUUGCAAUGCAUAAAAUAUUCUUUUGAAGUCACUGCACUGGUAAAUGAACGGUUAACUAGCAGUCAUCAGAUCUGCUCUGUCAUUGGUCAGACACCUCAGGGUUUCUGUGACCUCCAACCCCAAACCAAGGCUGGUCCGCUGAGCAGUUAUAUGAGCUCUGGGAGCGUGAGUCUGUAGGUUAAUGAAGAGCAUCAUGUGUUCAGUGAGUGUGUACUGCUGCAUUGUUCUGCUGCUGCUGCUGCUGCUGCUGGCCAGAUGCAUGCUGGGACGGCGCUCGGUGCCAUGUCUGCCGAGGGUGCCGGUGUUGGGCAGUCUACUGCACCUGCGCUCGUCUCUGCCUCCUCACCUGCUCCUCACACAGCUGUCACACAGGUACGGCCCUCUGUUUGGCCUGUACUCCGGACCACACUUCACACUGGUGGUCAGCGAGAUCAGUCUGGUCAGAGAAGUGCUGCUUCAGCGCGGCCGAGAGUUCGCCGGACGGCCCAAGAUGGUGACCACAGAUGUGUUGACUCAGGGUGGGAAGGAUAUUGCGUUUGCAGACUACAGUCCGUUGUGGAAGAACCAUCGGCGUCUGGUGCACAACUCCUUCACUUUGUUUGGAGAGGGAUCUAGCAAACUACAGACCAUUGUUCAGGAGGCUGCAGAAGAUCUGUGCGAGGAGCUCCAGUCCUGCAGAGGUCAGAGUUCAGAUCUCAACCCGGUUCUGAUGCGUGCAGUCACUAACGUCAUCUGCAGGCUGGUGUUCAACUCCUCGUACCAGCGCAACGACCCCGAGCUCCUGACCGUCAUGGACUACAACGACGGCAUCGUCCAGACCAUCGCCAGAGGAGGGCUCAUCGACAUUUUUCCCUGGCUGAGAAUUUUCCCCAACAAGGACCUAAAGAAGCUGAAGCAGUGUGUUUCAGUGAGAGACCAACUCCUGCACAGAAAACUGCUGGAGCACAAGAUGACCCUCACACCCGGAGAGCCUCGAGACCUGCUGGACGCUCUUCUGAUUGGUCAGAUGACGGGGUCAGGUGGGGAGGAUGACAUCACGGAGGAUCAUGUGCUGAUGACGGCGGCCGAGGCGUUUGGAGCCGGUGUGGAGACGACCUCCACCACACUGCUGUGGACCAUAGCCUUCCUCCUGCACCACCCACAGGUGCAGGAGCGUGUUCACUCUGAGCUGGAUGAGUGUGUGGGUCAGGCUCGUGCUCCGUCUCUGAGUGAUCGCUCUCGUCUGCCGCUCCUGGACGCUGUUCUCUGUGAGGUGAUGCGGAUUCGUCCCGUCAGCCCCAUCCUCAUCCCACACGUUGCUAUGCAGGACACCAGUUUGGGGGGUCACUCUGUUCCUAAAGGAACCCGUGUGCUGGUGAACAUGUGGGCGAUUCACCACGACCCCAAACACUGGGACGAGCCUGAGCAGUUCAGACCCGAGCGGUUCCUGGACUCGUCGGGGAGGAGAGCGACCCCCAGCAGCUUCCUGCCGUUCGGAGCCGGUCCGCGGGUCUGUGUGGGAGAAUCUCUGGCCAGAAUCGAGCUCUUUCUGUUCGCCAGCCGCCUCCUGCAGCGCUUCCACUUCAGCGUCCCACCGGGGGCUUCACUGCCCGAGCUGCAGGGACGACUGGGAGUAGUGCUCCAGCCCCAGAGCUACAGAGUCACAGUCAGCCCCCGACACUGACACACACACACACACACAGAGACACACACACACACAC